AUUCAAAUGAAUCUCGCUGUGCGUCAUGCGUAACAGCUGUGUGUAAAAUAGAAUCCGGAAAUACAAGCAUCCAAAGAUGGCGUUCUUCUCGUAGAAGAGUCUUACUGGGAAAUUAUCUAUUGCUAUUGUUUAUUGAUUGAAGUUGCAUUUUAACAGAUACAUGAUGUCUCUGGAAAUGUUCGCCUGCUGUUGAUGAAUAGACAUUUCACUCAACCAGAAUGGCAGGAGUAGAAUAUACUGCAGUCGGCGGCGAUUCCUAUACGGAAAACCUCAUUGGAACCUUGCUGGCCAUUUUUGGUAAUUUGCUUGUCAGCAUCUCUGUAAGCAUUCAGAAAUACAGCCAUGUAACAUUAGCGGGGACCAAGGACCCCCGUGCCUUCUACCUAACCAAAACAUGGUGGUGUGGCCUGGUACUUACCGUUCUAGGAGAAGCAGCCAACUUUGUCUCCUAUGCCUUUGCACCUUUAUCUCUAAUAGCUCCAUUGAAUGCCGUGUCUGUCAUAGCAAGUUCAAUCUUAGGUUUCAUUUUCCUGAGAGAGAAAUGGAAGCCAAAGGAAUUUUUAAAGCGAUACGUUUUGUCUUUCCUUGGAUGUAUCUUGACGGUAGCCGGGACCUACCUCUUUGCCACGUUCGGACCCAACUAUCACCAGAAACUUACUGCAGAGAACAUAGUGAAACAGGUCGUAGGAUGGCCCUUCCUCUUGUAUGUGUUCCUGGAGAUUAUUGCCUUCUGUCUUCUGCUGUACUUCUACAAGCAGCGCAACGCUAAUCACCUUGUUGUCAUUCUCCUGCUGGUGGCGCUGCUCGGUUCUGUGACUGUGAUCACAGUGAAAGCAGUGGCAGGCAUGCUGGUCCUCAGCGUCCAGGGCACCAUGCAGCUCAACUACCCCAUCUUCUACGUCAUGUUUGUCUGCAUGGUUACCACUGUGGUCUUCCAGGCUACGUUUCUCUCCCAGGCUACUCACCUGUACGACUCCUCCAUGAUAGCCUGUGUGAACUACAUCCUAUCCACAUCCUUUGCGAUUGUCGCAGGAGCCAUAUUUUACCUGGAGUUUAAUCACGAAGACAUUCUUCACAUCUGCAUGUUUUUGUUGGGAUGUUUCUCUUGUUUCCUGGGAGUCUUCCUGAUUACCAAGAACAGGAAAAGGCUGAAGGCCUUUGAACCCUAUGUGACAAUGGACAUGUCGCAAGGUAAUGAAGGUAUUCCCACCAUUCACGACAAGGGCUGGCGAGCAGUGCAGCCGGACUAUAACGGUUCCUUUUCCUACGGUGCCCUGGUUAACAAUGACAGCGUGGCGCCCGCCACUCUACCAGAGCUGGAUCAUGACCAGCUGGCAGUCACACCCAGUCCCACCGCCGCCCCCUAUAGUUCGGCUGACCUGAAGAACGACUGAGGCACCUUUCAGACGUGCUUCAACCCCCACCCCACCCGUAGGCUGCGUCUCAAUCCUCCACCCUUCUCCUGAAGUGGUGCACACGUCUGGAAAAGGGUUCAGAAUAGGGAUGUAACCAUAGACUCAGUGUAGGAUGAUGUCAUCGUUACUAUGUUACCCCCAUCUGGCCAUGUCUAACAAUAAGGAAGUGUCUUGUGGGUUGUCUGAAUCAUGCUGUACAGCGGUGGUUCCCAAACUGUGGGGUACCCCCCUUCCCCCAAA